GCUCCCGCCGGGCUGGGCGGCCGCGGAGCAGCGAGCCGGUGGCCGUGACCGCGGCGGCCGCAGCGCCAGGAGCCCGCGGAGCGCGGGGCUGAGCGGGCCGGGGCCCGCGUGGGGGCGCGCCGAGCGGGCGCGAGGCCGCCUUUGCGGGGCCGCGCCGAGGAGGCGCCUGAGGGAGGAGGAGAAAUCCCUGCGCGCCCGCCCGCCCGCCGCCUGGCCGCCUGGCCGCCCGCGCCCGCGCCCGCCGCCUCCUCCUCGGUGCGGUUCCACUGGGCGCGAGGAGCGGCCGCCGAGACCUCCGCCUGCGAACAAAGAGGAGGCCGGCAGGGCGGAGGCGUCUGCGGUGCGAGCAUGGCGGACCGCAGCCUGGAAGGCAUGGCUCUGCCCCUGGAGGUGAGGGCCCGCCUGGCCGAGCUGGAGCUGGAGCUGUCGGAAGGUGAUAUCACACAAAAAGGAUAUGAAAAGAAGAGGUCAAAAUUGAUUGGAGCCUACCUUCCGCAGCCUCCGACAGCGAAUGGAGCUGCCGUGGUUCGCUGUAGACUGCAGCACAGUGAAGCAGCAACGAGAAGAACGUUCCGCUCCGCCCACAUCGGGGUGUGCGACAUCCGAGACGCCACGACCCGGGAGCGGGCGGCCAGCGCCGCGGGGAACCGGCCUCUGUUUUACUUUCGCUUCGGGGUGGACCAAGCUUUGCCUCCAGAACGCCGGGCUCCUGUCACUCCUUCCUCUGCCUCCCGCUAUCACCGCCGACGGUCCUCAGGGUCACGAGAUGAGCGUUAUCGGUCAGAUGUCCAUACGGAAGCUGUUCAGGCUGCUCUUGCCAAACACAAAGAGAGGAAGAUGGCAGUGCCUAUGCCUUCCAAACGCAGGUCCCUGGUUGUGCAGACCUCGAUGGAUGCCUACACACCUCCAGAUACCUCUUCUGGUUCAGAAGAUGAAGGCUCGGUGCAGGGAGAUUCCCAGGGUACCCCCACCUCCAGCCAAGGCAGCAUCAAUAUGGAGCACUGGAUCAGCCAGGCCAUCCACGGCUCUACCACAUCUACCACCUCCUCUUCCUCCACACAGAGCGGGGGCAGUGGGGCUGCCCACAGGCUAGCAGAUGUCAUGGCCCAGACACACAUAGAAAAUCAUUCUGCACCUCCCGAUGUAACAACUUACACCUCAGAACACUCCAUACAAGUAGAAAGGCCACAGGGCUCAACUACAUCCCGGACAGCACCAAAGUAUGGCAACGCUGAGCUCAUGGAGACCGGAGACGGAGUACCAGUAAGUAGCCGAGUAUCUGCAAAAAUCCAGCAGCUUGUUAAUACCCUCAAACGACCUAAACGACCACCUUUACGAGAAUUCUUUGUGGAUGACUUUGAAGAAUUGUUAGAAGUUCAACAACCAGAUCCAAACCAACCAAAGCCAGAGGGAGCCCAGAUGCUGGCCAUGCGUGGGGAGCAGCUGGGAGUGGUCACCAACUGGCCACCAUCUUUAGAAGCUGCACUGCAGCGAUGGGGAACCAUCUCGCCAAAGGCCCCCUGCUUGACCACCAUGGACACAAACGGGAAGCCCCUGUACAUCCUCACUUACGGUAAACUAUGGACAAGAAGUAUGAAGGUUGCUUACAACAUUCUGCAUAAAUUAGGUACAAAGCAAGAACCUAUGGUCCGGCCUGGAGAUAGGGUGGCGCUGGUGUUCCCUAACAACGAUCCGGCAGCAUUCAUGGUGGCCUUCUAUGGCUGCCUGCUGGCGGAAGUUGUUCCUGUGCCCAUUGAAGUUCCACUCACGAGAAAGGAUGCAGGGAGCCAGCAGAUAGGUUUCUUGCUUGGAAGCUGUGGAGUUACUGUAGCCUUGACUAGUGAUGCCUGCCAUAAGGGACUGCCAAAAAGCCCAACUGGAGAGAUCCCACAGUUUAAAGGUUGGCCAAAGCUACUAUGGUUUGUCACAGAAUCAAAACAUCUCUCUAAGCCCCCUCGAGACUGGUUCCCACACAUUAAAGAUGCCAAUAAUGACACUGCUUACAUUGAGUACAAGACAUGUAAGGAUGGAAGUGUGCUUGGCGUGACGGUGACAAGGAUCGCGCUGCUGACGCACUGCCAGGCACUCACACAAGCAUGUGGCUACACAGAAGCUGAAACCAUUGUGAAUGUGCUGGAUUUCAAGAAGGAUGUGGGGCUCUGGCAUGGGAUCCUAACUAGCGUCAUGAAUAUGAUGCAUGUAAUCAGCAUCCCGUACUCGCUGAUGAAAGUGAACCCCCUGUCCUGGAUCCAGAAGGUCUGCCAGUACAAAGCAAAAGUGGCUUGUGUGAAAUCAAGGGAUAUGCAUUGGGCAUUAGUAGCACACCGAGAUCAAAGAGACAUCAACCUCUCAUCUCUCCGAAUGUUAAUAGUGGCUGAUGGAGCAAAUCCCUGGUCUAUUUCUUCUUGUGAUGCAUUUCUCAAUGUCUUCCAAAGUAAAGGCCUUCGGCAGGAAGUCAUCUGUCCUUGUGCCAGCUCACCAGAGGCCCUCACCGUGGCCAUCCGAAGGCCGACAGAUGACAGCAACCAGCCCCCAGGUCGAGGCGUGCUCUCCAUGCAUGGGCUGACCUAUGGCGUCAUCCGUGUGGAUUCAGAAGAGAAGCUGUCUGUGCUCACCGUGCAGGACGUUGGCCUCGUAAUGCCUGGAGCCAUCAUGUGCUCAGUGAAGCCAGACGGAAUUCCUCAGCUAUGCAGAACAGAUGAAAUCGGGGAGCUGUGCGUGUGUGCUGUUGCCACAGGGACAUCGUAUUACGGCCUCUCCGGCAUGACCAAGAACACCUUUGAGGUGUUCCCCAUGACAAGUUCAGGGGCUCCAAUCAGCGAAUACCCAUUCAUAAGGACAGGCUUACUGGGCUUUGUUGGCCCUGGGGGGCUUGUCUUUGUGGUGGGCAAGAUGGACGGCUUGAUGGUGGUCAGUGGGCGCAGGCACAAUGCUGAUGACAUCGUGGCAACAGCCUUGGCCGUGGAACCCAUGAAGUUUGUCUACAGGGGAAGGAUAGCUGUGUUCUCAGUCACCGUCCUUCACGAUGAGAGGAUAGUGAUUGUGGCUGAGCAGAGGCCCGACUCCACGGAGGAAGACAGCUUCCAGUGGAUGAGCAGGGUGCUCCAGGCAAUUGACAGUAUACAUCAAGUUGGAGUUUAUUGCCUGGCCUUAGUGCCAGCAAAUACCCUCCCCAAAACCCCGCUGGGUGGGAUCCAUCUGUCGGAAACAAAGCAACUGUUCCUGGAGGGCUCCUUGCACCCAUGCAAUGUCCUGAUGUGCCCCCACACUUGUGUCACAAACUUACCCAAACCUCGACAGAAGCAACCAGAAAUCGGCCCUGCCUCUGUGAUGGUGGGAAACCUGGUGUCUGGGAAGAGGAUUGCUCAAGCUAGUGGCAGAGACCUGGGUCAGAUAGAAGACAAUGAUCAGGCCCGGAAGUUCCUGUUUCUGUCCGAGGUCUUGCAGUGGAGAGCUCAGACCACCCCAGACCAUGUGCUGUAUACACUGCUCAACUGUCGGGGGACAAUAGCAAACUCGCUGACUUGUGUCCAGCUUCAUAAAAGAGCUGAGAAGAUAGCUGUAAUGUUGAUGGAAAGAGGACACCUGCAAGAUGGCGACCAUGUGGCUCUGGUCUACCCACCAGGGAUAGAUCUUAUCGCGGCAUUUUAUGGCUGUCUCUAUGCGGGAUGUGUGCCCAUAACCGUCCGUCCUCCACACCCCCAGAACAUUGCAACAACGCUGCCGACCGUCAAGAUGAUUGUGGAGGUGAGUCGUUCUGCCUGUCUCAUGACAACCCAACUGAUCUGUAAGCUGCUACGGUCCAGGGAGGCGGCAGCAGCUGUGGACGUUAGGACAUGGCCCCUCAUACUGGACACAGACGAUUUGCCAAAGAAGCGGCCUGCCCAGAUCUACAAACCUUCUAACCCAGACACACUAGCCUACCUUGAUUUCAGUGUGUCCACAACCGGGAUGCUAGCGGGCGUAAAGAUGUCUCACGCAGCCACCAGUGCCUUCUGCCGUUCUAUUAAGCUGCAGUGUGAGCUUUACCCCUCUAGAGAAGUGGCCAUCUGUUUGGACCCUUACUGUGGACUUGGAUUUGUCCUCUGGUGCCUCUGCAGCGUAUACUCCGGGCACCAGUCCAUUCUCAUCCCUCCCUCGGAGCUGGAAACCAACCCUGCCUUGUGGCUGCUUGCUGUGAGUCAGUACAAAGUCCGGGAUACGUUCUGCUCCUACUCGGUGAUGGAGCUGUGUACCAAGGGGCUGGGCUCACAGACGGAAUCCCUCAAGGCACGAGGACUGGACUUGUCCAGAGUAAGGACCUGCGUUGUUGUGGCAGAGGAGCGGCCGCGGAUAGCACUCACACAGUCCUUCUCCAAGUUGUUCAAAGACCUGGGCCUCCAUCCACGGGCUGUAAGCACCUCAUUUGGCUGUAGAGUGAACCUGGCAAUUUGCUUGCAGGGCACCUCGGGACCUGACCCAACCACUGUCUAUGUUGAUAUGAGAGCACUGAGGCAUGACAGAGUCCGUUUAGUAGAGAGAGGGUCUCCUCACAGUUUACCCUUGAUGGAAUCAGGAAAGAUACUUCCAGGGGUUCGGAUCAUAAUUGCCAAUCCAGAAACAAAAGGACCACUUGGGGACUCCCACCUAGGAGAGAUCUGGGUUCACAGCGCCCACAAUGCCAGUGGAUAUUUUACUAUUUAUGGGGACGAGUCCCUCCAGUCAGAUCACUUCAACUCAAGAUUAAGUUUUGGAGACACACAGACCAUCUGGGCACGAACAGGCUACCUGGGAUUCCUGCGGAGAACUGAGCUCACAGAUGCCAAUGGAGAGCGUCACGAUGCCCUCUAUGUGGUGGGGGCACUGGAUGAAGCCAUGGAGCUGCGGGGCAUGAGGUAUCACCCAAUAGACAUCGAGACCUCAGUAAUCAGAGCCCAUAAAAGCGUCACAGAAUGUGCCGUGUUCACCUGGACAAAUUUGUUGGUGGUGGUGGUUGAGCUGGAUGGAUCGGAGCAAGAAGCAUUGGACCUAGUUCCCCUGGUGACCAACGUGGUCCUGGAGGAGCACUACCUGAUCGUGGGCGUGGUGGUGGUGGUGGACAUCGGGGUCAUCCCCAUCAAUUCGCGUGGAGAGAAGCAGCGGAUGCACCUACGUGAUGGCUUCCUGGCCGACCAGCUGGAUCCCAUCUACGUGGCCUACAACAUGUAGCCCCGUCUCCCUGACUUCCACGAACUUCCCUGGAGACACGAACCUUGUUCUCGGUGUCCACUGAAAACACGCAGGCCCCGCGAGGGCCACCCCGUGGGCCAGCACAGAGCCUGGCACGGUGUGGCGGGAGGGGGAAGAGGACUUCUCGCAGCAGUCACGAUUGGCAUGGAGAUGAAAUGUGAAUUUACCACUGAAUUUCGCUCAGAAGGACUUCGGAUUACUGCCUUCAGUUUGUUGGAAAAGCUCAUUUCAAAAACUUACUUUCUUUUUUUUUUUUGUUUUAAUUAUUGGAUAAUAAGUGCUUUCUUCGUAAAUGUGGUAUUUUGUUCAGCCGAAAUAGCAAUUAAAAAAAAUAUUCUGCCCUCCUGAUGGGUUCUUUUAAACAGUUUAUGUAGUGUGACAAAAAAUUGUUUUCUCUGUUUUAAUGUGUCAUGAAAUUUUAAUGACAUGGUCUGUUACUAAUUUAAGCCAUUGCUAAAUCCUUUUAGGGAAGUUUACCGAGGUACGAGAAAACCUUCCAAAUAGCACCUUCCAAUUAGGUUGUAGCAGCUUCCUUUGUCAAAAACGUGAAGAAGCAAAGGCUACCAUACGGCCUGUGAAGUUAGCCUAGAAUGAGAAGAAAUUAUAAAUAAGGUGUAUUUCGGCAAUUAUCUUGCAGAUAUCUUUGUACUAAACUAAAAAGAUAAAAAUAAGUUAACUUCCUUGAUAUGUAAUUAUGUACAAAAUGUUUAAUUUAUUUUGAUCUCUUUAGAAGUAUAAAAGAGAAAAAAACAUUCAAGAAUAUUAAAGUCUUGUAAUGUUUGCUAAUAUAAAAAAAAAGUGUUGUAUUAUCUUGCGUGGAUAGUAUCACAACAAAUAUAUAUAUAUGAAAUAUAAAUUCACUAAUGAAAAAGGAGAUUUUAAAAGUUUCAAUGCAGAGCUUGUCACUUGCAUGGUACGCCCUCCACUGUACUCACAUACACUUUGCUGUUGCGAGCAACCCCGGCUUGCCAGGGAGCCCCGUCUCAACGUGUUUCUUCUAGAACCAGAGGCCAGCAAGUGAAGUUAGCACCAUCUCAAAGAUGGUGAAGGAAUUUAAGGCAAAAUGUGCACUAUUUUUUUCUUCUUUUGGUGGGGAUAACAGUGAAUGCGUUUAUGCCAGCAUGUGCUGACGACACUGAGGGGUUGUUUAGGUUGGAGAAAGAAAAAAAAAAAACCUCGCAAUGUUUAGUUAGCUGCAAGAAUUUGUUGCACAAUGUCUUUGGGCAUUUUUGUUAGACUCAUCUCUCCAGGGUCCUUGGUGUGAGAAGGAAUGAAGCUCUACGGCCGACUGCACUGGUUAUACUGGUCCCCCCUCAGGCCGCCCCAGUGUAGAGUGGACAGCAGGUGCAGCGUGGUUCCAAGGGAGAGGCUCCUGUAAGUGGGGACCCCUUGUCCUCAGGCCCAGCCAGCAGUGUGUCAACUCCCGGUCUUUGGGGUUUUCCUAGUUUGGCAGUAAGCCAGCCCUGCCCCUCCGCCUCCAGGAUUCCAGCAGAGCUGGGGCUGAGUGGCUUGAGCCCAAGGCCGAUUUCCUGGGUUCCGCAACAGCCGCCUCACACCCCAUGCGGCUUGCCGAGCGCAAGCGCAUGUUGCCCGUUGAGUCGGCCUGUCUGUCUGCCAGGAAGGAGGUGCCAGCAACCCAGGAGGGAAUUAUUUUGUUACUACCCCAAUAUGAUCCUGCAAUGAGUGUCGGUACUAGAUAUGCAUGACUAAGAUUGUUGCUGGGCAAAGCUUAAGAGUGUGCUUUUUUUAAUGAUUAUUAUUACAUUGUAGGCAAUAUCUUUGUCUGCCUUUGUUACCAGCCAGCAGUAAGCCCUUUGCUAAGAGAGUUUUGUUUGACUUCUGAGAUCCAAGGCUGAUGGUUUUAAGGAGAUUUUAAACGGCACAUGUUUUUAGAGUGGUCUGCAUAGACGUGCAGCCUCCCAUCUCCACAAAGCAUUUGAUUUUUGAAAUAUUGUGUGACUUCACUGCUGUGCAUAUUUCUCUACACGCUUCACAUACACAUUCCUACAGUCUUUGGCUUCCUAAGAACAGAGAGCACCACAGUUACACGCAGGGAGAAGGGGACAUUUUCCUACACACCCCCACUUGGUUUAAGGGGAAGGUUUACAGUUUCAGAGAAGGCACUGUGGAUAAGACCUGUUCGCAGUGUGGAGGAGAGCUUGUGUGGUCCCGCUGAUGGCCAGGAGCAAAGCAAACCCAGAGGACACUUCAAGCAUAACUUUAACUCUCCCCGUACCAACUUGACAUUCAAGGCAGGUGGAUGCCGCAGUGCAGGUGUGAGACCGUUCCCAGCAGGUCUUCUCUGCAUCCUGUCAUCUCUGAUGUUAGAGUUCAGGUCCCACAGAGUUGGUGGGCUGGGAUCCAAGCGUAGUUGUGCAAGGAAAAGGAGACACUGAAGUACCACCAGUUUCAGCAAUAACGAAGGGUCGUUCUGUAUUAGACUGUCCUGUAGAUAAAUCAUUCAUGAGAAUGUAAAAACUGUUUGUCUUGUGACCUUGUGCUUUUGAAGUCAGACAAAACCGUGUAAAUCAACUUGCACAAACAGAGGGUACACAAUGAACAUUGAAACACAGACCUAAUCCAACAGGAGCAGAUUCCUCAUGGUGCUUGUUUAUUAUAUAUAUUUAAUCCUGCUUGACACUUUACCCGAGGGAAACGGUCCCUUUUAUCAGUUGAAUGUUAGCAGCGUUAUUUCAGAGUGUGGUGACUGGUUUGAGAAAAGUCGUACACUCAACCAAUCACAGUUUCAAACAAAAUUUUUAUGUGCAAAGGACAGCAACCUUCUUGUAUGUUGAACCACCAGUACGCUUUGUACAUCUGUGAUAACGCCUGUUUUAUAUUCAAAUGAACAAAUAAAAGCUUUUAUUUUUGUUGCUCUGAAA